UCUCUCUCUCUCAUGAAAAUGCUGCUCGGGUAGCGCUGGUCUAUUUCGACCUGCCGUGGGAGGAGUUGAGCAUUGCUGUCGCUUCUCUCCUCUAUUUUUUCCUCCUGCGCUCAUGUCGAGCUGUGACAGCCAGCGUUUCUCAUCCAUGCUUGGGCCUUGAAAGUCACCUAAGCCUCUGAGGAAGCAUCGCCAUGGCGCACGCCGCAGCCAGCAUCAAAAAAGCCCGCGUGGAGAUGGAGCAGGCUCCAGACCUGAAGGCGCUGGAGAAAGCCCGUGAGAAAAGGAGGCGCUCGCGGGAGAGAGCUGAGCGGAGGCGUAAGUCGGACAGUAACACCAGCUUCCUUCGAGCCGCACGGGCUGGAAAUAUUGACAAGGUGCUGGAGUAUCUGAAGGGCGGGGUCGACAUCUGCACCUCAAAUCAGAAUGGCCUCAACGCUUUACACCUGGCAGCGAAGGAAGGACAUCUGGACUUGGUCCAGGAGCUUUUGGACAGGGGAUCUUCUGUGGAUUCUGCAACCAAGAAAGGCAACACAGCACUUCAUAUUGCUUCACUAGCGGGACAAGUAGAAGUGGUGAAGAUCCUGGUCAAGAGAGGAGCGGACAUUAAUGCACAGUCUCAGAAUGGAUUCACACCGCUGUACAUGGCUUCUCAAGAGAACCAUAUAGACGUGGUGAGAUAUCUUUUAGAGAACGGAGGAAACCAGAGCACUGCUACAGAGGAUGGCUUCACACCUUUGGCAAUCGCUCUUCAGCAAGGCCAUAAUCAGGUGGUCUCCGUGCUUCUGGAGAACGACACCAAGGGUAAAGUACGUCUGCCCGCUCUGCACAUCGCCGCCCGCAAGGACGACACCAAGUCUGCCGCCCUGCUGCUGCAGAACGACCACAAUGCAGAUGUGCAGUCGAAGAUGAUGGUUAAUAGGACCACUGAGAGUGGAUUCACACCGCUGCACAUCGCCGCUCACUACGGUAACGUCAACGUGGCCACACUGCUGCUCAACCGAGGGGCCGCGGUGGAUUUUACAGCAAGGAAUGGUAUCACUCCUCUUCAUGUGGCGUCUAAGAGGGGAAACACUAAUAUGGUCCAUUUGCUGUUGGACAGAGGAGCUCAGAUUGAUGCCAAAACAAGGGAUGGUCUCACACCUCUACAUUGUGCGGCGAGGAGUGGGCACGACACAGCAGUCGAGCUCUUACUGGAGAGAGGAGCCCCCAUGCUGGCCAGAACGAAGAAUGGUUUAUCUCCGCUCCACAUGGCAGCGCAGGGUGACCAUGUGGAGUCUGUUAAACACCUGCUGCAGCACAAUGCGCCUGUUGAUGAUGUCACACUGGACUAUCUGACCGCCCUGCACGUGGCCGCCCACUGUGGUCACUACAGAGUCACCAAACUUCUGCUGGACAAGAGAGCCAAUCCGAACGCUCGAGCCCUGAACGGUUUCACGCCGUUACACAUCGCCUGCAAGAAAAACAGAGUGAAAGUGAUGGAGCUCCUGGUGAAAUAUGGCGCAUUCAUUCAAGCCAUCACUGAGUCCGGUCUCACACCCAUCCACGUGGCAGCGUUCAUGGGUCAUCUCAACAUUGUUCUUCUGCUCCUGCAAAACGGAGCUUCACCUGAUGUCAGCAAUAUACGAGGAGAGACGGCUCUACACAUGGCCGCACGGGCUGGACAGGUUGAGGUGGUUCGCUGUCUUCUGCGGAACGGAGCCAUGGUGGAUGCAAGAGCGAGGGAGGAUCAGACUCCUCUUCAUAUCGCCUCUCGUCUGGGUAAAACUGAGAUGGUUCAGCUCCUCCUCCAGCACAUGGCUCACCCGGAUGCUGCCACCUCCAAUGGUUACACCCCUCUCCACAUCGCCGCCCGCGAGGGACAUCUGGACGUGGCUUCAGUGAUGCUGGAGGCCGGAGCCGCACACUCUUUAGCUACCAAGAAAGGCUUCACACCUCUACAUGUGGCAUCAAAGUACGGCAGCCUAGAUGUGGCCAAAUUUCUUCUGCAGCGACGGGCUUCUCCGGACUCGGCUGGCAAGAACGGUCUCACUCCUCUACAUGUCGCUGCUCACUAUGAUAACCAGAAGGUGGCGCUCCUACUUUUGGACAAAGGGGCAUCUCCUCAUGCCACAGCCAAGAAUGGAAACACUCCGCUCCACAUCGCUGCUAAGAAGAAUCAGAUGGAAAUAGCCACGACACUUCUGCAGUACGGAGCAGAGACCAACAUUCAGACCAAACAGGGUGUGACUCCACUUCAUCUGGUGUCUCAGGAGGGUCACAGCGAGAUGGCUGCUCUUCUUCUACAGAGAGGAGCUCACGUCUACGCUCCCACAAAAAGCGGUCUGACGUCCCUUCAUCUCGCUGCCCAAGAAGACAAAGUUGGCAUUGGUGAGAUCUUAGUUAAAAACGGCGGCAGCAUCGACCAGCAGACCAAAUUGGGAUACACACCUCUGAUCGUGGCCUGUCAUUAUGGAAACGCCAAGAUGGUUAAUUUUCUAUUGAAAAGUGGAGCCAGUGUCAACGCCAAAACAAAGAAUGGUUACACACCUCUACAUCAGGCUGCACAACAAGGCAACACACACAUCAUUAAUGUUUUACUGCAGUGUGGAGCCAAACCCAACGCCAUCACUGUUAAUGGAAACACGGCUCUGGCCAUCGCACGCCGCCUCGGCUACAUUUCUGUGGUCGACACGCUGAGGGUCGUAACGGAGGAAAUCAUCACGACCACGACGACGGUGACAGAGAAACACAAGCUGAACGUUCCGGAGACCAUGACGGAAGUUCUCGAUGUGUCGGAUGAAGAAGGCGACGACACGAUGACAGGUGAUGGUAUUGAGUAUCUGAGAGCUGAGGAUUUGAGAGAGUUAGGAGAUGAUUCUCUACCUGGACAGUACCUGGACGGAAUGAACUACCUGCGCUUCAGUUUAGAAUGUGGGCGAUCUGACAGUCGCUUGCAAAGUUUGGACAGGUCCUACACGCCCACUCACCAAGGUUACUACCCUGCAAAGCAUUAUGGGAUGUUGGAGGAUAUGAUGUACAGUAAACAGGGUUAUGUUGGAGAGAACGAGAAAGACUGGGAAACAGAAAACCUGGACAACAUCGCUCUGUCCGCAAGCCCGGCUCAUUCUGGUCACUCUUCUCCAUGUCGUGACCAUGACAACAGCAGUUUUCUAGUCAGCUUCAUGGUGGACGCUCGUGGAGGAGCCAUGCGAGGGUGUCGGCACAACGGUCUGCGGAUCAUCGUUCCCCCGCGGAAAUGCAGCGCUCCCACCCGCGUCACCUGUAGACUGGUGAAAAGACACCGGCUGGCCUCGAUGCCCCCCAUGAUGGAGGGAGAUGGUCUGGCCAGCAGGGUGAUAGAGGUCGGACCCUCAGGAGCUCAGUUCCUCGGUAAGCUCCACCUCCCUCAUGCCCCGCCCCCUCUGAAUGAGGGCGAGAGUUUGGUUAGCCGCAUUCUGCAGCUGGGGCCGCCAGGGACAAAAUUCCUGGGGCCUGUGAUCGUGGAGAUUCCUCAUUUUGCGGCUCUCAGAGGGAAAGAGAGAGAGCUGGUGAUCUUGAGAAGUGAGACGGGCGAGAGCUGGAAGGAACAUCACUGCGAAUACACAGAAGAAGAACUCAACCAGAUCCUCAACGGGACAGAUGAGGGACUGGAUCCUCCCGAGGAGCUGGAGAGAAAGCGCAUCUGUCGCAUCAUCACCCGAGAUUUCCCACAGUACUUUGCGGUGGUGUCACGGAUUAAGCAGGACAGUAAUCUCAUUGGUCCAGAAGGUGGAAUUCUGAGCAGUACGGUGGUUCCACAGGUCCAGGCUGUGUUCCCGGAGGGAGCGCUCACUAAACGCAUUCGUGUUGGCCUGCAGACUCAACCCAUGAGUGUGGAUGUAGUGCGGAAGAAUCUGGGUAAUAAAGCCACGUUCAGUCCAAUAGUUACUCUGGAGCCGCGGAGGAGGAAAUUUCAUAAACCCAUCACCAUGACGAUCCCCGUCCCGAAGAGCUCCGCCGAACCAAUCCUCAGCGGCUUUGGAGGAGGAGAUACGCCUACAUUACGUUUAUUAUGCAGCAUCACAGGUGGGACCACUCCAGCUCAAUGGGAGGAUAUUACUGGAACAACACCAUUAACAUUUACCAGUGACUGCGCGUCUUUCACCACCAAUGUGUCGGCCAGAUUCUGGCUGAUCGACUGCAGGCAGCUGCAGGAGUCGGUGAACUUUGCCACUCAAGUGUAUCGUGAAAUCAUCUGUGUACCGUACAUGGCCAAAUUUGUCAUCUUUGCCAAAACGCACGACCCCAUUGAAGCACGAAUGAGAUGUUUCUGUAUGACCGACGACAAAAUGGACAAAACUUUGGAGCAGCAGGAGAAUUUCACAGAAGUGGCGCGCAGCCGUGAUGUUGAGGUGCUAGAGGGAAAGCCAAUCUACGUCGACUGUUUCGGGAAUCUGGUCCCCCUGACCAAAAGCGGUCAGCAUCACGUCUUCAUCUUUUACGCCUUCAAAGAAAACCGACUGGCUCUUUUUAUCAAAAUACGAGACAACACUCAAGAGCCGUGCGGACGCUUGUCCUUCACGAAGGAUCCGAGAUCUUAUAGGAGCUUGACUCAUAGUGCUAUUUGUAAUCUGAACAUCACCCUGCCAGUUUACUCAAAGGAAUCAGAUUCAGAACAAGAACCUGAUGAGGAGACAAGCCGAACACUUGAGAAAUAUGAUGAAGACACAGAGACAACAGAAACAACAUUCCUGAAAACGCAGUUAAUCCAAGACUCGCCUGCUCUUGCAAGCCCAGAUUUGCUUUCUGAAGUGUCAGAGAUGAAGCAAGAUCUUAUCAAAAUGACUGCUAUUCUGACCACUGAUUCCUCUGAGAAAGCCAGUCCAAUGCAAGGGGAUUAUUUAGAUAAGGGGGCCGAGGAGGUGUCAGCAGAGCCUUUCGAGAUAAUGGAAAAAGUCAAAGAGGAUCUGGAGAAAGUUAGUGAAAUUCUGAGGAGUGGAACAUGUGAGAAGGAAGAGUCUGCAAAAACAGAGAGUCGUUUGUACCGGAAGGAUGAGGGGUGGGUUCUCCUAACAGACAGUGAAAUUGAAGAGGCCAAAAUGAUGGCGGCUUUUGAAUCUCAAGAAUCACUUCUUAAGGAAGCAAGAGUCAACCGAGGGUCUCAGAGAAGAAAGGGUCCUAGAGGCGCAUCUGGCAUAGAGACCAAUCUCAGCAGUAAAGGAAAGGAAUAUCUACUGGACGCACCUGAAACAUCUAGGGCAUCAUCCCAAGACACAGCAUCGCAGCAAAGGUUUACUGAGGUUGUUCUGCGCAGAGGUGGUAGAAAAAUUGUCCCUACAGUGGUAAAAGACACUAAAACAGAAUUAAAAAAGCCAGUCAGAAAGAAAGGACCUCACGGGCAAACCGAUGAAACCCAGUUAUUAACCACAAAAGAAGGCAUCGUUAGUAAAACCCUCGAUAAGUCUUCAGAAGGGGAUGGCCUCUUGCUUGUCCCUGGAGACCAGAAAAAAUCUCCAGUGUCACCAGUAGUUGAGGAGACACCGAUAGGUUCUAUUAAAGAGAAAGUUAAGGCUCUUCAAAAGAAAGUUGAGGAAGAGAAAAAAGGUGGUAAAAAACAGAUAGGCCAAAAGACCCCAAAUAAAGCAGCAGAAAGUAAACCAUCCCCUGCUGUCAAAGAGCAGAAAACAUCAGGCCUGAAAAAGCAAUCUGCUUCACCCCAGAAACAGACUCCUCCCAAAACAACCAAACCAGAGUCUGAGAGACUAGAAGAAACUAUGUCUGUAAGAGAGCUAAUGAGAGCAUUUCAAACAGGCCAAGACCCCUCAAAAAGAAAAUCUGGGCUUUUUGAGCACAAAGGGCCUUCCAAAACAGAUGCGAUCACUGUUAGUCAGCCAAAGGCCGUACUCACUAUGUCAAAAUGUCUUCCACAAGCACCCUCACAUGAAGUGUCUCUAGAUGUUUUAAAGCCUGGUGUCUCUAAAGACACUACAGGAGAUCAAAAGAGUCUUCAGUGCCAGAAAGAUAAAGGUGGUGAGGGUGUGGCCUCUGGACAAGACUCUGGUAAGACAAAAGCAAUUUCACAAAGAUUGUCAAAACCAGAUCUUUUACCUGACAGCGGUACAGAAAACAGUGCAUUUGAUGACAGCUCAGACAGCCUUAAACAUGAAGGAUUGAUUGACUCGCCCAUUGCAAGCCUCGGUGAAGUGGAAGCCACCGUGAGUUCUGAGGACAGUUACAAACAUGAGGGUAUGGCUGAAACUCCAGAAACAAGCCCUGAGAGCCUCUCAUCGCCCAAAAAGACAACUAUGUCUGUACCUGGAAAGACAUCAAAAACGAUAGCAGUCACCCCUAAAGUCAAAACAAGUAAAGUAUUGGUAUCCUUUUCUACUGAGGUGAAGACAGCUAGUGAACAAAUAUCUGAAGAUGCAACUCACCGUCCAGCAGCGAGUAAAGCAGUGGGCGAACCAACUAAAAGUGAGUCCAUGUGUAGUCCUCAUAGCAAAGUAGUUACAUUUGGGAAUGAGCAAACCUCUGUUGAUAAAGACGUUAUUUUGGUAUCAUCUAAGCCACCUAAAUCUCGAAAACUGACAAAAAGGUCUUCUGAAACAUUAGAGAGCUUUUUAAGCGAUGAGGAAUCCUUUGAUGGUCAGCCUACCUAUACUGACUCCCUGGCGGCAAGGGCACCUAUACAGGACCAUGGUGGUUUAGUGCUGCCUCUUAGACACCAUGAUUCAGAAACCCUUAGUCCAGUAGCUGAUGACUCUUUUACGAUUAGCCACAAGGACUCUUUAGAGGGUAGUCCCUUGAUGGAAGACAACUCUUCCCAUAAAACCCCUGACUCAAUUGAGCCUAGCCCAACGAAAGAAUCCCCAUGCCGUGACUCCUUAGAAAGCAGCCCCUUAGAGCAGAAAACCAACCUGGCUUUUCCACCUACAGUAGAACAACCCAGUGCAACUGCAGGGUACCUGACAUCCUCCAGAGCCCCUGAAAUCCCCCCAGACAGUUUGCGUAGUAGAAUUCUCAAAGAACAGGAGGGUAAUGCCGACGAGGACAGUUGUGAGCAGACGUCCCUGAUGACAAGUUCGGGUAAGAGCCCUCUCUCACCUGACACACCCAGUUCUGAAGAGGUAAGUUAUGAGGUCAAUCCUAAAACCCCAGACCCCAUGAUCCUGAUUGUUCCCCUUAAGCCAUCAGUAAUUCCUGAGGAGGCAGUAGAAGAUGAUGAUGAGUUGAAGUGUGGCCUGACACAGAGGAAAAUUACUCCAGAGGAAGAGAUGUUUAAAAUGGCUGCCAAAAUAAAAACAUUUGAUGAAAUGGAGCAAGAUGCAAAAGACAAAAAGGACAAUAGAAAAGAUAGUGAGUCCUCUCAGACGUUGCUAGUGUCUGAUGCAGGAGAUGACAGCAUCAAGCUGUCCAAACAUGAAACAUCCUCUGUGGAUGAUGUUGGGUUUAUUGAGUCCAAACAAGCUUCAGAGGUAGCACGGUCUGUUGAACCGAUCAUUAAAGUACAACCUCCCUCUCCUUUUCCAGCAGGUAUACAUAUGAGCCCCCAAACAGCUGAGGAUGUUCGCCAAACCGUGGCCCAAAGUGCAUCAUUUCCAGCUGAAUCAGCAGUGGGGAGACCUCAGUCUGUCUCAGAAAAGCACAUUGUAACACCUCAAGGCCUCCGCAGUGAGAAACACAAGGACAAGGGAAAUGUUAAUUCAGAGUUAUCGCAAUCAAACCAAACUGCCUCUAACAACAGCAAAGUGGCUGCUAAUAUAACUGAUGAACAAAAAGAAGAAAGCUUGAAAAGGUCAAGGGAAAGUCAAGAGAUCCUUGAAAAGCAGAGCGAGGCAGCCAUUCAGAAAAAACAAGAUUUUAAAUCCCGUAGCCAAAAAGAAUGUAAUGUAACAGAUGAGAUUAAAGGUGAUUACAUGAAGCAUGCAGGGACAUCUUAUGGGGAUAUUUGUAGUGACAGCUUAGAAAUUGUUAUUGGGCAAACCAAGGAAACAUUUAAACCUGAAAUAUGUAUUUAUGAUGACACAGAGGAAGAUGACACUGAAGAAGAACCUCCCAAGACUGAAUCUAGAGGAGUCACAGCAAAAGCAGAGACAGAUGCCUGGAAUUCAAUGAGGGAGGAUGACGAUGCCUUCGCUGCAAGACUCAAAGAGGAAGAGCAAAAGAUUUUGGGCCUGGCUGUAGAUUCCCACUCUCAGGGGGAAACUCCAGACACAACGCGGACGCCUACUGAGGAGGGUACACCGACAAGUGAACGAAACCCUUUCCUCUUUCAAGAGGGAAAACUUUUUGAGAUGACGAGAAGCGGUGCCAUAGACAUGACAAAAAGGAGUUAUGAGGAGGAAGGGUUUGCUUUUUAUCAAAUAGGAGAGCAACCCGUUGAAGAAGGCCUUCUUGAAGAAGGUGGGGUUGAACCUGCAAGAGCUUCCAGUGAUGCUGUCAGUGAGGUUGGCUGCAACCUCUCCUUGAAGAUUAAGGCAGAGGAGGAUCAGGCUGCAGAUUUAUCCGUCCGUUCUUCAACUGAGGCUGUAGCUACAGUGUCAGAUGCCUCAAAGUCUAAAACCUCUGUCAAAACUUCAGAGAAGAACCAAACAGUGACAGAAACUGUAGAUGUAAAAUCAGACAAAGUAAUAAAAGAGACACAGUUAGAGUCUGAUCUUGAUACUUCUGACACUGUCAUAACCAAUAUUCAGACAGCAGUGUCAACAGUUACUAGAUCAGUUCACUCCCAACAGGACCAAGAGUCCUCAGAUUCAUCACCAGAAGAUCAGCAUUCAGUUAUAGAGCUACCCAUGACCCCUGAAAAGACAUCCCCUUCUUCGGAGGGUGUGUCAAAAUCCCAAAGUAAAGUAGUCUCUAAAAGUCGCCCUGUAGCUUCUUCAUCUGCUAAAACUAGAAAAAACACAUCCACCUCCAAAGAGGAGGAGAAACCAAAAUCUAGAAUCCCUGUUAAAGCCAGCUCCCUCAAAUCAGAACCUGAGACCUCAGCCAAGCGUGCAGAACCAUCAAAAGAUAAGAAGUCUAAGUUGCCAAGGAGAAAAUCUGAGACAGACACAGGUCUAACCAUAGGCUCCAGCUUUAAAAAGUCUUCCAAAGCCAAGAGCUUCUGUGAAAGUGAUUCUACGAAGAGACCGACCAAAAAAGACCAGGGUCGUCCAACAAGCACAGACUUGUCCAACAGAGUUAAGACAAUCCCAUCAAGACUACCAGUCAGGGGAAAGCCCGGUCAGCCAAUGCACACCUCCACACCAGCAAAGCCUAAAAAAGGCCUAUCCACUGACUCAAGCAAACAGCCUGAUGCAUUUUUUGAGGAGAUUAGUCAGGAGGCAGCUAAGGUAGUCAAAAGCUUGGCUCGGGCAGAGAAAGAAAAAGAGGAGGCUGCUGCGCUGUCUGAUGACGAAAGCAGCACUAUUGAUGCCUCUGUAGUAGAAAUGGAACCUUUUCCAGAUAUGCAAAUGCAUUUUCCUGAGGAUCCCUUGGUCAUUAGGCCCAGAUGGGACGACCCUGUUGAGACGCAGAUGGAACGAAUCCCUGCUGAUAAAGUCCGAAGUCAAGCAGUAGAUCCACAAGAUGAGGCUGACAGGAGAGAAAGUCGCCUGGCUGUAGUAGCUGAUCAUCUCGGUUUCAGCUGGUCGGAAUUGGCUCGAGAGCUGAAAUUCAGUGAUGUGCAGAUCAAUCGGAUAAGAAAUGAGAAUCCCAAUUCACUACAAGACCAAAGCCAUGCCCUCAUAAAGCUUUGGAAAGAAAGAGAGGGAAAAAAUCCAUCAGAGAGCACUCUGAUGAAGACGCUUACAAAAAUAAACCGCAUGGACAUUGUGCAUCUCAUUGAAACAAAGAUCAUGCUGUCGAGUCAGAAACAGUCAUUGCACACUUAUGCAGAAAUUGAACAAACUAUAUCACUGGAUCAUAGUGAAGGUUUCUCAGCCCUGCAGGAGGACAUGGACAGUCCCGGGUCGGGUCGGCGAGCUGCGUUCACUCAACGGGGGUCAGAACCUGGACCACUGGUGGCUUCUGUUGAGGACCUCUCCUUCACUGCAUCUUCUUUUCAUGAAUCCCAGAAAGAGAAGUUGCUAACAGAAAAGAAAAAGGAUUCAGACGUGGUUGGAGGUUCGGCUCAAAGUGGUUUUGAGUUUGUUGGAUUAAAGCAGCAAUUUCCGGGCACUACCAAAAUAGGAGAUGACAUGCCAGAAAUCUCUCCUCAUGCGGUGACAGAGGAACAGUACACGGAUGAACAUGGAAAUAUGGUGGUCAAAAAGAUAACACGGAAAGUGAUUCGUAAGUUUGUAUCAGCUGAUGGUGUGGAGAGAGAGGAAGUGUUGAUGAUGGAGGGACCGCAGCAGGAGUUGGUCCGGGUGGAUGAAGCUGAUGCUUUCUCUAAAGUACUGAAGAGGACUGUAGUGCGCAGCGCUGGAGAUCAGACUCAGGUGACUUUCUCUGAACCUUCUGCUUACGGUGGAGCGACGGCCUCGGAGUUCGAGGACGAGCCAGUACUGGGUCGCAAGGUCAGCAAGGUGGUCAAAACCAUGGUAGUGCAGGGAGAACGGAUGGAGAAACACAUCGGAGACCCGUCGCUGUCAUCAGAUCUCCCUUCAGCCAAAGACGACUUUGAGAAGGACCCGCAUGCAUAAGACGCGCACUCAGAAGCGAACAGUAGUGAGGGACGGCCGAGCCAAGCAAACCCACCUGGAACGACUAGAAGACACUCCGGACACCCUGCGACCCGACGACCUUCAGCAGCAUCUCAGUCAACUGCUUCAACGCUACUGCACACCCGAGGUCACCGACACGCCCGACGCCGGGCGAGACUCGCACGCUGGAGAGCAGGACGAACCACAAUAGGUUCUCAUCAUCUACAGAAUGUGUGCUUUGGUUGUCAGGUGUUUUUUGAAGACGACUUCAAAUGUGUGUGUGUGUGUAGCCAUUGCUUUUAAAUCCAAGUCCCAUUUGGUUGUUUUUAAAUCUUAAUUUAUAUUUAUUUCUUUUUUUAUUCUGAACAUCUCUUUUGUCCCGAUUUUUCAAUUCAUUUGAUCAUUUUGUGACCAAAGAUAGAUUGAACUGCUGAGUGAAUUAUACCUAUUUGUCAUAUUGCUUGCUGUGGUAGGACAUGCAACUACACAAUGAAAAACUAAAUGUGGAUGCUGACCUCAUUGUUAAGACACUGAAGGCGUGAAGACGUUUUUGUAAAUAAUGGACAAUACUGUAUGUGUGUGUGAACUACAGAAACUAUAAAAGCAACAUAUACUCCACCGUCUCUUUAACUGCGGUGCGGCUGCAAGAAAAAUAUCAGCGUGUAUUUGGGCAUGUGAGUUCAAGUGCGGUAAUAUCUGGCUAUUUAUACGAGAUGUCAUGCUGUAGUCCUUCAUAAUCCCAGAAUGCUUCUGAAUGUUUUUGUUUCUCAAAGUGAGAAUUUUGCAUCAUUUUACCGUGGAUUAAAUUACUUGAUUGCGAUCACCAAUAUAGCAUUUAGAAAUUCAUAGCAAAAGAAAUAUUUCAUCACUACACCAGAUCCACACGAGUGAUAUUAUCUGCCUAACCUAUGGUAUGUACAGUUACAGUGUGUGUGUGUGUGUGUGUGUGUGUGUGUGUGUGUGCGCGUGCGCGUGUUCUCUGUGACAAAUGUUUUAUUUGAAUCUCACUAUGACUGUUUUUGUUUUUAAUCAUUUCAUUUCGGUUUUGAGGCCUAGUUUUUUCCACAACUUUUUCAAGUAUGGCUGAAGUGAAUGAUUAUUUUAACUUGAGAUUCCUCAUCUGUGCUGGCUCUCAAGGCACUUAAUAAAACUGAGAAGAGUAAGGGCCUCACCACUGAACACGUGUGCAGUUUCGUUUUUCAUGCAAUGGUGUAAAAUAAAACAAGGUAAUCUGACGUCGACCAAUUUCUUUAAAAAAAAUGUGUUAAUGACAUUUGGAACUUACAUGAAUAAACACAUUGACGUCAGUAAUUUAAUGGGCUAGCAUAAGAUGGCGCCGGUGAGCUUUUGCGACGCCAUGGUUCGGCAAUCUAAUUUCCGGUCGUAUAACACGUAUCGAGUUGUUUUGUUUUGGCUUAGCAAUGUAAAAAGGAUCUGUCAUAUCGCUGAUAUAUUACUUUCUAUUUUUUUAAUCUAAAAAAACACCCAUAUUUGCCGUCCAAAAAUCCUCCUUUUCCCAUACCGUCUUAUACGACCGGAAAUUAGUCUGGCGUCACCGGCGCCAUCUUGUGCAAGUAGCGAAUUUGCGAAAUAGCAACAUUCUGCUGUAUACGAUUGCAUCUGUAAUCAUAAUGCUAUUGAAAACAGAGUUUGUUAAUGAUCCAGAUUCAUUUUUAAAUAAAAAAUACUUUCUGUGUUAUUCAUUCUGGAUGCUUAAUAAUGAUACUGUAAGCACAAUUUAUUAUAAGGCGUUUAGCAGCUAGUAGCAGCAAAAGCCUGCCCACCGUGUGUUCUAAUCAAUUUAUUCUGAAAUCUUAAACCCAGUUCAUAUUGUGAUGCAUGUUAAGGGUGUGCAAGUGUAUUCAUGUCUGUAAUGUUGUGCCCAGUUUUCAUCCUGCAAAGAUCGUUUUCUUUGUAACGGACAAUAGCAUGCACACUUUAAAGCGUUCGAGUCUGGAUUCAGAGACGUUUGGAUAAUUGGGUUACUCGACCCUGUCUGAGCUGCACAGUCGAGCUUCACUUUGCCAUCCAAAGUGAAAGAAAAAACGAAUAAAGAAUAAAAACAGA